GACACGUUCUGUAUCAAUUCUGAUCGCGAUUUUUGGUUCAAAAAUUUCAACGCACAAAUGUACAAUGAGUUUAGGAGUUUAGCGUUUGACGAUUACUUGUACGACGCUCCAGCAACGGGUUCAACAGGCUGAUUUGUUUUAUGGUACUUCUUUUGCGACGAGGCUGUGCGACGAUAUUGUUCUGGAUCUUGGCCUGAAAGAAUCCAUGCAGGGUGACCGGAUGGUUCUGCUUUACGUUCAACCUACCAAACCUGAGAGCCGAGCUGGAAAAGUGAUUUUUGUUUUGCUGACUUUUUUCUUUUACCCUAUUUUCUCUUCUCUUCUCUACCAUUUUAUUCUCAUUAUUUGCUCUCGCCUUUUUGUGCGAUUUUAUGACUUUGCAUCAUGUUUGAGUCUCCGUUUUCUUUUUGCAUUUAUCUUCCCUCAAGUGGUCGAGAUACAAUUGUCGCCGUAUAGCAAGCUGCGAUAUGAUGCGCACUCUACGUCUCGACUGCCUCUUAUUUUUUUUUUUUUUUUCUAUUUUGUUUCUUGUUUAGUUAUGGGGGGGGGGUUUCUAAAAAUUCGUUUCCGGAGUCCGGGCAUGCUCUGCUGGCAAAGUCUUCAAGUCCGAUGCCUGCUUCAACGGUAUGCCGGACCCCAAAAUUGUUCUUUUUUUCUUUCUACGACCAUAGAGAUCCGGAUUUUCGUUUUGCUUAAUAUUCUGCGGCCACGUCUACUUCUUUUUCUUUCUUUUUCUUUUCUUUUCUUUUUUUAACUACAUUUUGAUAUUAGUACGAGCAUGAAAGGAAAAAGAAAAAAAAAAAAACCUUGAAAACACGAUUUGUUUCUCCCUUCGUCAGGUGCCCUGACUCUGUCGACGUGACAAUAGGGACUGCUUUCUACGAGAGAGCCGCGUCCACUCACAUCUUCUAGUCUCU